AUGAGUACCACGCAUCAUGCGCGGUCCAAGAAUGGUUGUCUCACAUGUCGGUCCAAGAAAGUCAAGUGCGACGAAGAGAGUCCAAGAUGCCUUCGGUGCCAGCGGUUGAGACUACGUUGUGACUGGGCAAAGCAGGGCGGCAAAUCACGAACACCUGCGAGAUAUCGGAACAGACACCGGACUCUAUUGCCGCAACUAUCCCCAAAAGUGGCACGCGACUCAAUUGCGAUCAGAGAUGCGGUUGAUGACAUUUCGAAGACGUUUACAUUUGCCCUAGGUAACGAGAUCCCGGAGGCAAGCAGCAGCAGUCAACCGACACGCAGGCAUGAAGCGACAGCACGGCAAGCUUUCGACCCAUUCCCAUUCUUAGCAUCAUAUGCUUCUUACCCAGACUUGUUCCCAAUACUUGGGGAUUGUGAUCUGGAAUCUGCAUUCGACAUCGAUUGUCUUGAUUUCUCCACUGCCCAUGACAUUGAAGCAGAGAGCGCAUCAGCCGCUGCCGCCAAGCCAUUACUGUGCCACGAGUCACUGUUACCUGUGAACUUUGUGCGGACCGGUAAAGAGGUCGAUGCACUUCGAUAUUAUACCAGUGUCUACCCGACAAUGACGAUAUCUAAGGAUGUACAUUGGUCAAGCUAUAGGAUCAUGCUAGACCACGGCUCUCAAGUCCCCAUGACUAUGCAUCUGCUCAUUGCUGCAUCAUUGAUGGAUCUCGCAACAUCGCAGAAUUACGACGAGGCUAUGUGCAGAGCAGCACAAGCACAUGCAAACGCUGGCGUGCUUCUGCUCAUGAGCGCCUCGGAGUCCGGAUCUGGUUCAAAUCCCAGCGACGUGAUCACCGCGUUCUACUUUCUCUACAGAUAUAUAGGUUACGGAGGCUCGCUGGCCCUGCACUGGUGUGCGGAGUCGCAGCGAUCGCGGGAAAUAUACCAGCAGUCUGGCGUCGAGUUGGAAUCCAUGUUUGGGGACGACUACCCAGAGCGCGAGAUCAUCGAUGACGUGCAGAAUGCGCCGAUUGUCACAUUCUUCUACGACGUCAUGACCCUUUAUGCGGAGGUAAAUCGGGUCGCUUAUACACUACCCGAUUCAAAUACAGAAAAGGCAGCACUUGAGGACAAAUUCGACAGGUUUGAGGCCCGAUCGCGAUCUUUGAUUCGCCUCACAACGAUAACCUCCCACCCGCGCUCUCGAGUAAUGUUGAAUGCUGAUUAUAUGGUCCCAUUCUACUAUGCGCUUCGGAUUUACAGUUUUCUAUGCUUUCUCCCAGAGGACAGCCUUGGCGUGCCUACUCCGCCUCUCAUUCAAUCCUUCGUUAGUUCCACUUUAACUCUCGCUCAGCGAUCACUGUCCAGCGGCACGCUGGACCCUAUGCGGGCGCGCUUUCAAUGGCCGCUUUUUGUCGCGGGAAUAGAAACUGCAGAUUGCAUUCAUAGAGAAUGGGUCCAGUCCAAAUUAAAAUCGGGAAGAAUGUCGCAGGCAUUCCAGAGAAUAGUUUCUACCCGGGAGGAGACUGGUAUAAGAUUACCCAUGUCUGCCGUUAGGCAGAUCCUCGCUGGCAAGGCUUCUACGGCCCUGUAA